UCGGCCGGAUUGAUUGGGGCCUCGGGGAGCAUGUCGCUGUCGCUGGAGAAAGCCUCCGAGCUGAGGCAAAUCGUUCGCAACCAGCUGACCCAGAUGAACAUUCAUGAAAGAAUCAGAGACAUUUUAUCAGAGUCAUUUCAAGAUGAACAAGGCAAGAGUUCACAAGGUUUGUCUGAGGCUGAUCUUGUAAAAGCCUUACAACGCCGGGGAAUUGUAGAUGAUGUCAUGAAGGAACUCAGUUUUUUAACUAAGGUUCCAGAUAAAGAAGCUACAAGCAAUUCAAAACCAGCCACACAUUUUGUAGACAAAGAGCCACGUGAACUAAAGAAAACAAACAUUGAUCCUACUAGAAGAAAUCUGUACCUUCAGGUUUUGGGUGGUAGAGCAUUCCUGGAGCAUUUACAAGAGCCACAACCUUUACCAGGGCAAGUGUGCUCUACGUUUAAACUUUAUUUGCAUUUCCGAAAUCAGCGCUUCCAGUCCAAGCCUGUGCCAUGUGCCUGUGAGCCUGAUCUGCAGGAUGGUUUUCUGCUGGAAGUUCAUAAAGACAGUUUAGGUGAUGGCAGUAAGAUGGCUGAUGCAACAACGUUAUUAUCAAUCUGUGAUCCUGUGCACAUGGUUCUUACAAAGACAGAUACUUCCAGUGAAAUAACACUGAUUGCGUCACACUACUUAGAAUGGCGGCCUCUGCUGAGUUCACCAGAUGGAAAAAUGAGCAUGUCAGUGGAGUUAUUGGGUGUAGGCACUGAAUCUAAAGUUCCAGUUGGAGUUUUAAAUCUAAAACUUGAAAUAUAUCCCCAUCUGAUACAGCCACUCAGCCAGGAAGUAGUUGACACUCAGCUAACAUUAGAACGUCAAAAGUCUGCAGAAAAGGAACGUUUGUAUCUCAUAUAUGCCAAACAGUGGUGGAGAGAGUAUCUUCAGAUCAGGCCUUCACAUAACACCAGACUUGUGAAAAUCUUUGCACAGGACGAAAAUGGUAUAAAUCGUCCAGUGUGCUCUUAUGUAAAACCUUUGCGGGCUGGCAGGCUUCUGGACACACCAAGACAAGCUGCUAGGUUUGUCAAUGUUCUUGGCUAUGAGAGAGCCACCACGGUUGGAGGUGGAUCCAAACAAGAACAAUGGUGCACUCUCCUGAGUUUUCUCUGUAAAGGCAAGGGAGACUGUGAGGAUCAUGCCACCUUACUGUGCAGUUUGCUGCUGGGCUUUGGAUUGGAUGCCUACGUGUGUGUAGGAACAAAAGCAAGAAGGGUGCCCCACACUUGGGUGAUAACCUGUGGAACAAAUGGGGAUGUUGUUUUCUGGGAGAGCUUAACAGGAUGCAGAUAUGUUCACCAGCCUGUUAAUCCUGAUGACCCACCAUUAGUAGAGCAACCAAAGAGGGUGUAUCCAUAUUGCUCAAUCGGCUGCCUCUUCAAUCACCAGAGCUUUUAUGCAAAUUGUCAGCCAUCUGACACAGUUGAACUGUGCCACUUUGACCUAAAUGAUGAAUCGCAGUGGAAACCCAUGAGUACAGAGGCCAUAAGAUCUGUGUGUGCUCCCGGAUCGUCUAUUUCAUUGCCACCAUUUCCACCUUUGUGUGCUCCAACGAUUGAUGCAGCAGUUGCGAGCAAUGAGAUUGAAUUGGCUUUGAGGGGUCUGAUUUCAGAACACAGGAAGGACCUUGGUCUGAACACUGUGUGGGAUGACAAUCUGUCUUAUUUGCUAUCGCCUGCACUUGCCGCAUAUGAGAUUGAGCGUACUACAGGAGUGUCUGCAGGCAAUGAAGAGUUCCAAGAUGCUAUCAAGCGAGCAGUGCCUGAUGGACAUACUUUCAAAGGUUUCCCAAUUCACUUUGUGCAUCGAAAUCCCAGGAGAGCUUUUGCAACAUGCUUAAGGUCUCCGUUCUGUGAAGAAAUAAUUUGCUGUCGAGGAGACCAGGUCCGACUUGCUGUCCGAGUGAGAGUGUACCCAUACCCUGAGUCUGCCUGUGCAGUCUGGAUUAUGUUUGCAUGCAAGUACCGUUCUGUUCUCUGAUGCAGCUGAGCUUUCAAACAGACCUGCUUUCACUUUGGUGGAUGCUAACAACGGACUGGUUCCUUGUUGCUGCUCCAUUAUAGCCAUCCUACCCGAUGGUAUCUUUUAAAACCAGACUAAAUUCUACAAACCCAGAGACGGAAAGCUUUUCAUAUAUCUUUCUUGUUAGUUGUCUAUUUAUUGAAAAAUAAAGUGUGGGAAUUGUUUUUUAUUAAAACAUAAAAUAUUUUGCUACAAAA